AUGAGUGUCGACAGAUACCUGUUCAUUCAGAAUCCCUCCCACACGCACUGGAAAUCAGCCCGACUUCACGCAAUCCUUCUAACAGCCUUCACAUGGUCCACCUCGAUCGUCUUUAUGUCGCCACAGUUAUACGUCAGAAUAAUUGACACUCUGAACAUGCCCAACCUGAGCCCGAUGACAUUCUGCAUCGAGAGCUGGCCUAAUAACCAUGACAGGCAAGUGUUCGGCUGGUUGCUUCUCUUUCUUGUCUACGUGAUUCCAGUCAGCAUCGUGGUCGUCUGCUACGCAAACGUGGGCAAGAUGCUGUGUUUCUACGCCACAAAUUCUGAGUCGUCUGGCGCCAACAAUGGCACCUACAUCUUCUGCAGAAAGAGAGCGGCACAGAUUCUCGUUCUGCUUGUUGGACUAUUUAUCUGUUGCUGGUUGCCUUACAAUAUAAUGUCUCUUCUCAUUGACCAAUGGGACAUGGUCGGCCUCGUCCAGUUUUUGCCCUUUGCUUUAUGGCUCGGACAUGCUCACAGUGCCGUCAAUCCUCUCCUUUACUGGGCCACCAAUCGCAAAUUUAGAGACAUGGUUGCCAGAUUGUGGAGAAGAAAUAAGUGGUGCGCCAGUAACGAGAGAAAGCCGAGGCCUCAGAGAGUCUAG